CAGAUACGCAUUUUCUCUGCUUCAAUGUCUCCAUCAGUACUUGCUUCCAAGCUUUCAAAUGCUCUUCUCUUUCACAUCCCUACCUAAUCUCUUCUCCACCACCUUCCUCUCUGUUCUAACCAACUGAUAGCAUACCUCAACACCCUCAUUUUCCAUAUAUAAAAUCUACACCUAUCAUCCUAUCUCCUCAUCAUCACCUUCACCAGCGGAAGAUUUCAUCCCACGUUGGAAAAUGGCUUGUCUCCACUUGGGAUCUCUCUUUCUCUUGUUGGGGCUAGUAGGGUUCGCCUCUUUUCCAGCUGAAGCUGCCAUUAAGAAGUAUCAGUUCGAUAUUCAAGUGAAGAACGUGAGCCGGUUAUGCCAUGCCAAGCCCAUCGUCACUGUAAAUGGGAGGUUUCCAGGACCUACUAUCUAUGUCCAUGAAGGCGACAGAGUCCUUGUCAAUGUUACCAACCAUGCACAAUAUAACAUGUCCAUUCAUUGGCAUGGGUUGAAGCAAUUCCGGAAUGGGUGGGCGGAUGGACCGGCUUAUAUUACCCAGUGCCCGAUCAAGAGCGGAAACAGCUACACUUACGAUUUCAAUGUUACGGGUCAGAGAGGAACCUUGUGGUGGCAUGCUCAUAUCUUGUGGCUGAGGGCAACAGUCUAUGGUGCAAUUGUCAUAAUGCCUGAAGAAGGAACUCCAUACCCAUUCCCACAACCUUACAUGGAAGCUAAUCUUCUCUUAGGAGAGUGGUGGAAUACGGAUGUUGAAGAGGUAGUAAAGAAAGGUAGCAAGUUGGGCUUGCCGCCUGCAAUGUCGGAUGCGCAUACGAUCAAUGGGAAGCCAGGGCCACUCUUCCCGUGCUCAGAGAAACACACUUUUGCAAUGGAAGUAGAAUGGGGUAAGACCUACCUCUUGAGAAUCAUCAACUCUGCUCUCAAUGAUGAGCUCUUCUUUGCCAUCGCGGGUCAUACCAUGACUGUGGUGGAGAUCGACGCAGUUUACACAAAGCCCUUCACCACUCAAACUUUGUUAAUUGCACCUGGCCAGACCACAAACGUUCUUGUUAAAGCCAACAAGGCACCGGGUAGAUACUUCAUGGCGGCUAGGCCUUUCAAUGAUGUUCCAAUCCCUGUGGACAACAAAACAGCGACGGCAAUAUUCGAAUACAAAGGCGUCCCCAAAACAAUAAUUCCAAUCCUACCUCAACUACCUACACCCAACGACACUGAGUUUGUGAUGAGCUACAAUGACAAAUUAAGGAGUCUAAACAGCCCAAAAUUUCCAGCCAAGGUUCCACUCAAAGUCGAUCGGCAUCUUUUCUAUACGAUCGGUCUUGGACGCAACCCAUGUGCAACUUGCGUGAAUGGAACCCAACUAACUGCUUCUUUGAACAACAUUACUUUCAUGAUGCCUCAGGUUGGGCUUCUCCAAGCUCACUAUUUCAAGGUCAAGGGAGUAUUCAGAACAGAUUUCCCAGACCGACCACUCACCACUUUCAAUUACACCGGUGCGCCACUUACAGCCAACCUUGGGACUUCAUCGGGGACUAGGCUAAGUAAGGUGGCUUUCAAUUCCACAGUUGAAUUGAUACUGCAGGACACCAAUCUUCUCACUGUUGAGUCCCACCCAUUUCAUCUGCAUGGCUAUAAUUUCUUUGUGGUUGGAAGAGGAAUUGGGAACUUCAAUCCUGCAAAAGACCCUGCCAAGUUCAACCUAGUGGAUCCUCCUGAGAGAAAUACAGUUGGAGUUCCAACUGGAGGUUGGACUGCUAUCAGGUUCAGGGCUGAUAAUCCAGGUGUUUGGUUCAUGCACUGCCAUCUGGAGCUCCAUACCUCGUGGGGAUUGAAGAUGGCAUUUGUGGUAGAGGAUGGAAAAGGCAAGGAUGAUUCUGUGCUUCCUCCUCCAAAGGAUCUUCCCCUUUGCUAACCAUCUCAAAGAAGUCCACAAAAGGCAUUGUGUGUGGACGAGGUGUAUCUUGCUGGAGUUGCACUUACAUGAAUUCGAUUCCUUCAAAAGAAGGGGAUUCAUAUUUAUGGAGAGGAUGAGAGAUUCAUAGAAAUGGAAUUUGUUUGUGUUGGAGAUUGUUUUGAGGGUCUAUACGUUACAGACCUUAAAUUGUAAAUAAGAAACUACAGCAAGGAAUGAAUGGUUGUUGUCUUUUAAUUCA